GAGUUUACUUUAGAGAUAGACAGUUUUCAGCUGAACCUGUAAAGUCUACUCAGGCCUUGAAGGUAACCACUCCGCUGUCUUGCCGCCCCCGGCACUAGCUUUCUGUCUCCACCACACCCUCUCUUGGGGUUGGAAUGGCUUGAAAAGCCUACCGCCUCCCCUCCCGGACGUCGCCCAGUGGACUUCAGCCUGAGAGAUACUUCGCAACGGUUUUGUUAUGCUUAGGAAUUUAUUAGACAAAUGGUGUAUGGUGGUGUCCUCAACAUGUCUACGGGUCCAAUACUCUACAGUAUUCUGAUAUAUAUGGUCCUGAUCCAGUGUGCACAAUGCUGUGUUCCCUCCACUAUCCAGGCGCAGGUGCCAGUUGAGGUGAAGGCAGGUUAUGUCGUCUCUAAAGUCAAUGUUGGUGACUGCGGCGCAAGGAGAUUUUACUUUUCCGUCUGUGACCCUGACUUCGCCGUCUUGCCGGACGGGACCAUUGUGACGGCACGGGUCACGCGGGUCACCUCGGAGGGCAAGUCCUUCUGUGUGUGGGCCCAAGACCAGAGGCACCACCGCUGGAAAGUAGAUGUCACUCUCACUCACACUGAGCAGCCUCACGUGCCCCAGCAGAAGACUGGCGUUCUGCGGCGCUUCAGGAGACGCUGGAGUCCUCCUCCUAUCUACUUACAGGAGAACGCUCCGCCUCCCUACCCUAAGGACCUGGAACAGAUUGGGUCGGAUUCCAGUCAGAACCAGACAGUGUACUACACCAUCAGCGGACCGGGCGUGACCACUCACCCGAAGGACGUCUUCUCGUGCGAUGAGCGCAGCGGCUUGUUGAGGGUCCACCGACCACUGGACCGUGAGGAGUUCCCUGUGGUUGUCUUUACAGCUCGAGUCUUCAACGUAUUUACCCGCAAGGAGACAGAUCUCCCCCUGCCCAUCACAGUUCACAUCGAGGACGUCAACGACAACGCACCAGAAUUUGUUGGGUCCCUACUCUACAGUGUAGAAGAACACAGUAAAAUCGGUACUGUGGUUGGCCAAAUAAAUGCCACUGAUAAUGAUGAGCCCAAUACGUCUCAUACCAAGAUCAGAUACAUCCUGUUGUCCAGCACGGAUCUGUUCUCCAUACACUCCUUCACCGGAAUCAUCUCUAUCAAAUCAGCUUCUCUGGACAGAGAGACUCAGGAGAAACACCUGGUCACCGUGGAGAUCCGAGACAUGGGUGGAGCAUCCAACGGUCUGUCAAACACAGCGACUGCUACCAUCUCACUGACAGACAUUAACGACAACGCCCCUACUUUUUCUGAGACAAAGUACAAGGCCCGAGUUGAGGAGAACAAAGCUAACAUACUGGUUCUGCGGAUCCCGGUGGAGGACAAGGACCUGAAGGGAACACCCAACUGGAAAGUAGUCUUCAAGAUCGUCAAAGGAAAUGAAAAAGGAUAUUUCAGGGUGGACACAGACCCUAAAACCAAUGAGUGCCUGCUCUACGUCAUCAAACCUCUGGAUCAUGAGGAAGGAGGUCAACUUAUGCUGGAGAUGGUGGCCGAGAACGAGGCUCCUCUGGUGGGCAGUGGUGCCUGGAUGCAGGUCCCUGUGGAGCUGACGGUGGGGGACGAGGACGAGGGGCCUGUGUUCUCGCCGCCCCUCCUCCGUCUCAGAGUCCAGGAGAACAUCCCCAACGGCACACUCAUCGGCACCUACACGGCCGUAGAUCCAGAGACUAGGAACAGCAAUGGCAUCACAUACUAUGAAGACACCGAUCCCGCCUCAUGGAUAAGUGUGGAUGAGAACACAGGAGGGCUGAAGACCACAAACACGAUCGACCGAGAGUCUAAAUUUGUCUCCAACGGCAUGUACAACAUCACGGUGCGAGCUGUGGACACAAUUAAAAAACAAGGCAUUGGGACAGUGCUGAUUGUGAUUGACGAUGUGAACGACAACAACCCGAAGAUCACCGCCCCGGACCAGAUUCUAUGUGAGCAGGAGGGUGAGCUCGGGUCCAUUACACUUCACGCUGAGGAUGCUGAUGCCAGACCAUACGGGGAGCCCUUCACAUUUGAACUAGGAGAGGAGGCAGAUGGCAAGUGGAAACUGAAGGAUGCCAAAGGCACUUCAGUGGUGCUUCAGCAGGCCGUGGCUCUGCCCUUAGGCCUCUACAACGUCCCUGUGGUGGUCAGAGACCUGCAGGGCGUAGGGGAGGUCCAGAUGGUCAACGUGAGAGUGUGUGAGUGUGUGACAGACACGCCGGGAGAGGAGGUGUGUGCAGCGCAGAAGCGGUCGGCUGUUUUGGGGAGCUGGGGAGUGCUGGCCAUGCUGUUGGCCCUGCUACUGCUGCUGCUGCUUGUCCUGCUCUUCGUCUUCAUCUGUUCCACUAAGAGGGAGAAGCUGUACAUCGAUGAUGGUAGCGGAGGCAUGCUGCUAAAGUCUAACAUAGAAGCCCCAGGAGAGGAAGUGAAGACAGACCCAUUUCUGCUGGUGUGCCCCAGUCCCGUGGAGGCGGUGGACAGCCAGUUAAAGGGGCAGGGGGUCGGCCUGGGCGGGGGAAUAGGCGGAGGUAUGGGUGGGGGUAUGGGUGGAGGUAUGGGUGGGGGUCUGGAUCAGCAGCACAUGUACCAGGAGAACGCUUUCCAGACCUCCAACCGGGAGUUUGUGACCGAGGGACAUACCAACAUCUACACCUCUGGACAAUAUGGCCAGGGGUUCUAUGGGGAUGCAGGCUUCGUCAACUACUCUGGGGCGCUUGAUAUGUGGAGGAGCAACGAGCUUUACCUGGACAAGAAACUGGUCUACUUCUAUGAGGAGGCAGACGGGCGGUAUGCGGAUGAUCUGCUGAAGGAUUAUGGGUACGAGGGGGAGGGCUCGUCGGUGGGGUCGCUGGACUGCUUGAGCCUGAUGGGCAUCGAGGAGGACUCCCUGGACUUCUUGGACACGCUGGGUCCUAAGUUCCGCCUUCUGGCACACGCCUGCACACGCACGGCCGACGACGAGGAGGAAGAGUGAGGAGAGAGGGUGUCGGAGGAAGGGAGCAGAGGGAAUGAGUUGGAGGAAGGGAACGAGGGAGUGCAUGAUGAUGAGAAACAGAUGAGGCGUCUGUUUUCACGGAAAACGACUGCGGAGGUCAGAGAGGAGUGAUGUCACCGCGAGAGAGAUAUCGGGACGCUUUCUAACCAACAUGCUGACACACACUGGAUUCAACAGGCUGCCUCCUCAAACUACUUGCUUGUGUGUGUGUGUGUGUGUAUCUGUAAGUGUGAGUCAAUGAACAAGAGGAUAGAGAGAAAGAGUAAGAAAGCAUAAAGUUGUUUUGAGUGUACCUUUUACUGUUUUUUUCCCCAUGUGAAUGAUAUUAUGUGACUUACUGACUUUAAUGACUCUUUAUUAGUGCUUUCUCCAGAGAAGGGAAGGAAUAAAUCAUGAUCAAAUAAUUGUCACUCAGUCCCAAGAUGAUCAUCUACUCAAACAUUCAAAGCUAUUCAAAAUAGCUUGUGUGUGUGAGUGAGUGUGUUUGUGUGUGUGUCUGUGUCUGUGUGUUUGAGGGUGUGUCAUGCAACUCUUCUCUAUUUGUAUUAGAUACAUGAACACCAUCUGUGCAUGUGUGUGUGACUACUAUGUGUCUGUGUGUAUGUGUAAUCUGUGUAGGCGUGUGUGUGUGUGUGCGCGCGCGCAUAUCUGUGUGUUUCCUCAUAAGAGUAAGUCUGCUUGAGAACACCAUGGGAGUGUGUACUGUGGGAAGGGGAAGUUUCCUGUUCGAGACGUGCGAGUACACUUAGCUCUCAUUGGUAUUACAGUCAUGAACUUUGACCCCAAGAAUCCCACCUUCUUCGUUAGAUUGAACUUUAACUUUAGCUGCGAAGCCUGCAGUUUUAUGUGGGGGAGAAUGUGGUGUGAUUUGGCUGCAUUGGUGUGUGCUUUUUCCUUGCCUUUUUAUACAAUAAUACUUUCACACUGGUAAAGCAGUCAAUGUAUGUAGUUUUUUUUCAUGCUGGACUUUCAAAUAAAAAAGACAACUUGGUUGA